AGGGUUGGGGGCGAGAGAGAAAGUAACUCCAGGACGAGACCGGAGCGACCCGCGCAGCGAGCACAGGCGGCGAGGCUGCGCCAGGCGCUCGAGACCGGCGGCUGCGGGGGGCGGGGGCUGUGCCCGAGCCCGAUCCCCCGCUCCGGCUCCGAGCAGUGGUCUCGGAGAAAGGGUCGUUGUCCAGCACAGAUGCGUUGGUCAGAGGGAGCACUGGAGGUUCUGGUCAAGGCGUAAAGCCUGGGGCUUCCAAUGAUACUCCGGGCAGUGAUGGAAGCCUAGAUGCCUCACCGCAAGGAGCGACCGAGCGGGUCCUCGCUUCACGCCCAAGGCAGCGCCGGAACGGAGGAGGGAGGAAGCAUGUCCCGGUUGUCUCUCACCCGGUCACCCGUGUCUCCCCUGGCUGCCCAGGGGAUCCCACUGCCAGCCCAGCUCACCAAGUCCAAUGCACCUGUGCACAUCGACGUGGGCGGCCACAUGUAUACCAGCAGCCUGGCCACGCUCACCAAGUACCCCGACUCCAGAAUAAGCCGCCUCUUCAAUGGCACUGAGCCCAUCGUCCUGGACAGUUUGAAGCAACACUAUUUCAUUGACCGGGAUGGGGAGAUUUUCCGCUAUGUCCUGAGCUUCCUGCGGACGUCAAAACUGCUGCUCCCAGAUGACUUCAAGGACUUCAGCCUGCUGUACGAGGAGGCGCGCUACUACCAGCUGCAGCCCAUGGUGCGGGAGCUGGAGCGCUGGCAGCAGGAGCAAGAGCAGCGGCGCCGCAGCAGGGCCUGUGACUGCCUGGUGGUGCGGGUCACGCCGGACCUGGGUGAGCGGAUUGCGCUCAGCGGCGAGAAGGCCCUCAUCGAGGAGGUCUUCCCAGAGACCGGGGACGUCAUGUGCAACUCCGUCAACGCUGGCUGGAACCAGGACCCCACACACGUCAUCCGCUUCCCGCUUAACGGCUACUGCCGGCUCAACUCGGUGCAGGUCCUGGAGAGGCUGUUCCAGCGGGGUUUCAGCGUGGCUGCGUCCUGCGGGGGUGGCGUGGACUCCUCCCAGUUCAGCGAGUAUGUGCUUUGCCGGGAGGAGCGACGACCACAGCCCACCCCCACCGCUGUCCGGAUAAAGCAGGAGCCGCUGGACUAGGCCCUGCCUCCGUGCCCACCUGAGGCCCCUGGCCCUGGGGACGGCCAGGGACCUGCGGACAGUGCUGGGGAGUGCUGCCUAUACCUGCUUCUCGAUCUUCAUGAGACUGAGGGUGAGGCUGGGGGUUCCGAGGCCAGCCCAGGGAGCCCCAGGACCCAGGUGUCUUGCAACAGAAUGGGGUGCUGGAGGCAUGUUUUCCAAAGGAUUGGUGUGACCCAAAGAUGCCUCGGUGGGAACUCUGCCACCAGUUUCCCGGUGCCCCUGGGCUCCCCAGCCUGGCGCAGUGUCCUCCAAGGCCCUGGGGCCUGCCAUGGCAGAGUCGGCACUGGCCUCCACAGCCCACUGCAGAGGAGCUCUUCGUCCUUCUCCACAUGUGGCAGACUCCAGUGGGUCUCUGCAUCAGAGAUGGCUUAUUUUUCUACAGUAUUUAAAACAGAAGCAACUGUAACUGCACAAGCCAGAGAGGCCAACAAGGACCAACACUUCUUUAUCUGGUGCUUCAUUCUCAGUCAGACGUGCGCAUGCCCACCCGCAUGGUGGGAGAGUGGCCUGGCGCUCCGUCCCAAGUGUCCAGGAGUGGGGCUGGGGGAGCUCUGGUCCCUGCUCUAGGGGCAUGCAGGGAGGGCAGUGCUGUCGGAGCUGAAGCAGGGCCCCCAGGGAGCAGGGCUGCUGGGAGGAGGGUGGUUUGGGUGUGGGGGAUGGAUGGCUGUGGAAUCACCUGAGACCCUCACCUUUGCUGUCACCUGGGCCACACUUGGUAGAUCACCUGACCUAAGCCCAGGGGCUUCCAGUCCGGUUGUGUGUCCCCCUGGGGCCUCGGAGGAGUCUCUUCCCAUCCAGACCAUCCCCAGGGCCACAGGGCAUCCUUACCUCAGGAAUGGGCCCCUCGGUGAAGGGGCCCACCUGCCAGUAGCAUCCUCUGGGUCCCCACCUCAGGAAGCUGUCCCCAGCUCUGAUUUUCCCACACUAAUAUGCACACUGAAUUUUAAUGAAAUUUGUUAUACUAGCUUGCCAGUAAGACCUGGACAUGGGCAUACCUGGGACUCUUGCCCCAGAUUCCAACAAGGACUGGCCCCUCGGGGUCCUCACAGACCUGCUGCCUCUUAGGCCCAAUGACGGACACCCCAGCCUUGUCAUACUUGGCCGAGCUGGCUCUUCCCGGGCGGAGAAACCGCAGACCACUGCUCGGUGGAUGGGAUGCCCAGCCACCCUGCAUAUAAUGCCUGUAGACUUACUUGUAUAUGACUCCUUUAAUAUUGUAAAGAUGAUGAUGUACAAUUGUCGUGUUUGUGUGAACACAUGAUGUUCCUAGUUCAUGCCAUAAACGAUGCUAUAAAGCAAAAGA